ACGCACCCAAAAAAAAAAAAAAAAAAGAAAGAAAGAAAGAAAGAGAAGGGCCAGCGCCCUUUCCUUCUCUUGAUCUCUUCUCUUCCAUCUUCUGUGCAAGAACUCGUCAACGGGAAGGCGAGUAGGCGACACCCCUCCGUUGAUUUCCCUUCUCCUUUCCUCUGUACUGGCAGUGGAAAGAAGGAAAGAACAGAGGAACGACGACGAAAGUGGCGAGAAAGACGGCGAGUAUCGAUGCCGGAGUUGAUGACGACGGCGACGAAGGUGGUCGGAGUCGGAGCAGGCGAAAUCCAGAGAAAACGUGGAAGCGAAACUUCGAUCGGACGGAGGAGGUGUGAACGGAAAGGCGAGGAAGGCCGCCGGGAGCCCUGAGUUUCGUCGGCGGCGAGAAUGACGACGAAGGUUAAACUUCCUUUUGCAGGGGAAAUGGAAGGCGUUGGGAAAUGAUCAAGAGAAGAAGAAGAAGAAGAAGAAGAAGAAGAAGAAGAGAGGAGAGGGGGUCUGCUCCAUGUCCCUUUCCUGGUUUGUGGGUUUUCUUUUUGUUGUCUUUCUUCCUCUCUCUCUUUGUGCAAGAACCGAAGAUGAAAAGAGGAAGAGAAGAUCUGUAGGAAGAGAAGAACCCUCUGUUUUUUUGUUUUCGUCUGUCAUAAGAGGUCCAUCUCCCCCCCUUUGUAAGAGCCAUGGGGCUCCCUUUUUAUAGGAAAAAUGGCUACUUGUGCGCCAAGUUUUGCUACAGUAGUGGUCUGGAUUUGGGUCUGACCAGUUUGGGUUUGGUCAGACCUGAUUGGGUUGGCUGACUUUGACUUUUGUUGACUAAAUUGACCGAAAGUUGACUAUGCCUUGAUUUAUUUUAUUGUUGUAUUUUGUUUGUAAAAUUUAAUGGAAUAGCAUUGUGAUUGUGAUUUUUAUUUA